AUGGAGCAAGCAGAGAGAGACGAGGCAGUUGGUGGACUCGAUGAUGACGGCAUUCCGCUUAUGGCCCCCUACGAACCCUCGAUCCACGAAGAUGAUGAUGAUGAUGACGCCGUUUCUCUUCCUGAUGAUUCUAGAUAUUUUGUCUGUGGAUGGGGCUACGAGUGCUUACACGAAGCAGAGGAUAUCGAUUUCGAGUUCGUCUACGCGUUACAUACCUUCGUCGCGACCGUCGAAGGCCAAGCAAAUGCCACCAAAGGUGACACGAUGGUCUUGCUGGACGACAGCAACAGCUAUUGGUGGCUAGUGCGUGUUGUGAAGGAUAGCAGUAUCGGCUACCUUCCUGCCGAGCACAUUGAGACCCCAACCGAGAGGUUGGCGCGCUUGAAUAAGCACAGGAAUAUUGACCUUUCUGCCACGAUGCUCGGAGAUCAGGCUGGAGAGAAGUCCAAGAGCACAUUCAAGACCGCUCUGAGGAAGAAAAAGAAGACAGUCGCAUUUGCCGCCCCGACCUUUGUCGACUACUCAGACUACGAUUACUCUUCGGAUGAGGAGGAUGCGGACGAGCUCCUCUCUCAACAACAGGGUGCUCAGCAGCAGCAGCAGCAGCAGCAGCAGUCAACAACCCGUCAAUCGACAGAGGAGAGCAUGGAUGACGAUACGGCCAAGGUAGAGCCUUUGAAACCUCGGGCAACGAAAGAGGUCAAGGUUGUGGAACCAGCAAAGGCGGAGGAGGCAUUUGAAGAUGAUUCGAAACGUGACAGCGGCGACAUCUUUGAGAAUCCCGAAGGCCCCAGCCGAUCGAGAAACGGCACCGUCAGGAACACCGACUCUUUCUUUAAGGACGAAACGGUCGAGACCAAGAAGAUCACGCUUACGCCUAAUCUGCUUCGUGACGACAGCGGCUCGCGACCUUCGACUACGGAGAGUGUCCAGGUCAAGCAGAGGCCGAGCCUGGACAAGAUUGACAAGGAACUGCAACCGGACAAGAAGGAAGACAAGAAGAAGAAGGACAAGAAGGAGAAGGAGAAGAAGACGAGCACGAUCCGGAGUUUCUUCUCGCGUAAGGACAAGAAGAAAUCUACCGAUGACGACGACGAGUCUUUUGGCAAGCGAUCGAUGGAUAUUGUUACGGAAUCCCAAGACCGCGAAGAGGAGGAACUCAAGGAGCCGCUGUCACCGAGAGGAGAUGGUCCGCAGCGGAACACCACCAGCAAGCUCCAUAAGCAACAACCGCGGGUGGAACCUUCGCCUUCAAGGAAGCCAGGAGCCGUCACGCCGCAGAAAUCUGCCACCCGGGAACUAUCCGAGUUCAUUUCGUCAGAAGGACGGCCCAAUAAUGUCUCGAAUGUACCCCCUGCCUCUAUGCGUAUCGUUGAGGACGACUCGUCAGACGCAGACGUCGCAGCUCAACAGCAACGCAUCAAGUCGCCCGAUACGACCCGUUCGAGACCGCAAGAAAAGUCGUCGCUGUCCAAGAUUAUUCCCUCGCGGACUGGCGGUAGCGAUAAGCCUCAGAAGGUCACCAAGGCCAAGUCUCGAGUGGAACUGGACGACUUUGACUCUUCCUCUGGCGAGGAGGUGGAGCCCGCUUCCACCGAGCCACCGGUGCAGCAGCUAACCGAGCAGGUUAUAAGGGAAGAGAAAACAGCUCGACCCUUGCCUGGAGCAUUCCCUGACAGCUACAUGAGCACGCGGAGCGGUGCGAGCUCUCAAAGCGAUCAGACUGUCGUUCUCGCGCAGCAGCAACCUCCUCAGCCCACUGCUGCAGAACGAGAAAAGGACCGUCUUUCUGAGUCACCUGUGCAAGUUUCCCCCAUCACACCGAACAACCCACCUGCACUCAUGGUGGAUACUUCAAGCCAAGAAGGCCACUCCACAUCGCCGUCACCGGAGCUCAUCGAGGCUGAGGAAGCGAGCAGACAUCGCGCGCAAGAUUCAAUGACGGCUAGUUCGACCUCAACAGGCGGAAGCACCUCCAGCAGUAGCUGGAACGACACAAAGCUUCGCGCCUUUUUCGAUUCGAGCUCGGACAUCCGGGACAUGCUGGUUGUGGUUUACGACAAGAGCGAUGUACCGCCUGCUGGACCGGAACACCCCGUCGCAGGUUCCCUGUUCCGCGAACAAAAUGCCAAGUUGGCGGAAAUUACAACGCAACUUGACAACAUGCUUGGUGACUGGUUAGCACGCAAGCAAAGACUUCGAGGCACUGUAUAA